AUGGAUACAAACAGUGAUUUAUCUUUUAUUUCGCGUGCCGCCUUUGAUCAACUGGUGUCUGAAUUUUUGUCAAGUCGUAAACCCAAGCAACAAAGGAAAGCAAUAAUUACCCAGAAAGACUAUGAUUUAAUUAUAAGUAUCCUAAAAAAUCCCAAAGACAUGUCUAAUGGAACUGCAAAGGAUCGUUUUUGGGCAAAAAAUAAUUUUUAUUUACAUGAUCUUGGAACACCUCACAACCCUAUUAUUCAGCUCAUGGAAAUAAAAAAUGCAAAAGAAAGAACAGACCGCGUCAUUUGCCCAUUUCAGAAUCUUUACAAUGUUCUUGGUAAGAUGCAUGGUAGUUCACAGCAGCAUUCUGGUUCAAAAAAAACUUAUGAGGCAGUAAGCAGACAAUAUGCAUAUGUUCCUAGAUCAUUCGUGGAGUUGUAUGUUGCACAGUGUACACAAUGUUGCACACGUAGAAACUUUCCUGCACCCAUAAUUGGGAAAACCAUCAUUUCAAAGAAAUUUUUACAACGGGUUCAAAUUGAUCUGGUUUCCUUUGAAAAAUAUCUGGAUAAAGAGUACCAUUAUAUUGCACAUCUUCGGGAUCACUUUUCCCAGUUUUCCUGGACAUGUCCAUUAUGCACUAAGGAGGCUUCAGAAGUUUCUGCAUUCUUAUUUUCAGUCUUUACUGUUUUUGGACCUCCUUGUAUUUUGCAAAGCGAUAAUGGGCGUGAAUUUACAGUUCAGGUUAUUUAUGAACUUGUUAGUUUAUGGAAAGGAGUUCACAUAAUUAAUGGGUGUCCUCGCCACCCCCAAUCGCAAGGACUAGUCGAAAAUGCUAACAAGACUUUAAAAAACGCACUUUCUACAUGGAUGGAGGAUAACCAGCAAAGAGAUUGGAGCGUCGGUCUUCCCAUAGUUACAUAUGCUAUGAACAUUCGUCAUUCCAGGCCUACUAAGUAUACUCCAUACGAAUUAGUUUUUGGUCAACAUCCAUUAUGA